UAUACAACACAGUAUAGAGGGAAAAUCAAAGGAGAGUAAAAUGGCAGAAGUAAAGCUUUUUGGUGCUUGGGGAAGCUCAUUUAGCUUCAGAAUCGAGGUUGCUUUGAAACUCAAGGGCGUUGAAUAUGAAUUCAUAGAGGAAGAUAUACAUAACAAUAAGUCCCCUUUGCUGUUUAAGUACAACCCAGUUCACAAGAAAAUUCCCGUGUUAGUCCACAAUGGCAAACCAAUUUGUGAGUCUCUGGUAAUUCUUGAAUACAUUGAUGAAACGUGGGAAGAAGGCCCUUCUAUUUUGCCUAAAGAUCCUUACGAGAGAGCCCUGGUGCGCUUCUGGACUAAAUUCUUGGAUGAAAAGUGUUUUCCUGCAAUGAAGAAAGCUUGUUGGAGCAUGGGAGAGGAGCAAGAGAAGGCCAAGGGGGAAGUUACUGAUCUUCUGAAAAUUCUCGAGGGCACACUUUCGGGCAAGAAAUUCUUUGGGGGAGACACUAUUGGAAUGGUUGAUAUAGUUGCCAAUUUCAUAUCAUAUUGGUUAAUAAUAGUGCAAGAAUUGGCAGGAGUACAAGUGUUGACAUACGAGAAAUUUCCAAAGUUAGGCGGAUGGAUAGAUGAGUACCUAAACUGUAACAUUAUAAAGGAAAAUCUGCCUCCCAAGGAUAAGUUGACUACACUUUUCCAAGCUCGUUUUACUGCUCGUCGUGGUGCUGCUCCCAAAUGAAAUCCAAUUAGCUAAUUACUUCACAUUUUGAUAUUGAACUCGAAAUUAUAUGAAAUAAAGGGAAUUACGACUACCCUUCUACCGAAUAAAUACUAAGAAACUAUGCCUAACAUAUGAGUACUUAUUUGUAGUUUUUAGUACCUUUCUAUCAAUGUUUAAUCUUUACGUUUGUAUAAAAAGUUCA